CUUCCGUAGAACAGUUCCCUUUAGCCUCUGUUUCUGUCGCUUUCUUCCCUCAGCAUGGACCCUGACUUUAACUUUACUUCGCUGCCUUAGUGUUUGUUUUGUUUUUUAUUGGGAGUAACAAUCUUCGUUUGGACAGCGCCACAUACUCAGACACCAUGUUUACCAUCUCUGGCUCUCGGGGCUUCUAUAAGGCUCCUCUGUCGAAGGGCCUUCUUCUGGUUCUCAGUGGUCUGACUGUGAUGCUCACCCUGCUGCCACAGUACCAACAGCUGUUUGUCUACAACCUGCGGGCUGUGAAGAACCAGCACCAGGUGUGGAGGUUACUGUGUGGCAGACUGGUCUGUUUAGAUGUGAAGGACUCCUUCUGCAGCAGCCUUCUCAUUUAUAACUUCCGGAUCUUUGAGAGGAGUUUCGGCACCAGGAAAUUUGCGUCGUACCUGUUUGGCACUUGGUGUCUGUCGGCCCUCGUGGACUUUCUCCUGGCGCAGAGUUUCCUGUUUAUCUUUGACCAUGAAGUAGAGGAACUGCCCACAGGACUGCUCGCCCCCAUCUUCUCUUUGUUCGUGCCUUUUUACUUGUCCAUCCCAAGGAUUCCAAUCACACAGGUCCUGGGUCAGAUCCACAUUACCAACAAGUCUUUGGUCUACAUUGUAGGCCUGCAGCUGCUGACAUCAAAUACAUUCAUGUGGCUUCUUGCACUCAGUGGAUUGAUCUCAGGUGGUCUGUUCUACUCCAAUGUUCUCCACUUACAGAAGUUCCUCUUCGUUCCUGCCUGGUUGGCUCGUAUCGGACGUUGUACUUUGGAGCCGAUCUUUUCAAGUUCCCAGCCGACCAAUGAGACUCCUCUGGGGAUGGGCGCCACACUGGACAUCCAGAGGCAGCAGAGGAUGGACCUGCUGGACCAGCAGCUGAUGCUGGCCCAGUACAACGAGACCAGGAGGAACAGCAGGCAGCAGCACCAGGCCGGUUUGUUACAGUGGACCAGGUUGUUUCCCUCUCUGAGACACAGAGGACAGAACAGAUUCCCGACACAGCCUCAUCCCCAGGUCCAGACACAGGCGUCCACUCAGCCGCCUCCUCUGGACAACUCACCUGUGGCAGAGGAGCAGGUUGCACGGUUGGUAGAAAUGGGCUUUUCCAGAAUCGAUGCCCUGGAGGCACUCAGAGCUUCAAAUAAUGACAUCAAUAUGGCCACCAACUUCCUCUUACAACACUGAGAGAGAGGGAGAGUGAGUGAGAAACCGAGAGAGAGAGACUAGUGAGAAAAUCAGAGUUGAAUCAGGACAGAGAGAGAAAGCAGGAAGAGAAGCAAUGAUCAUAGAGCUGUGGAGCAAAAAGCAGAGAAUACAAAAAGGUGAGUGAGGAAUUAGAGGAGGAGAGGAGAAUUUUGUACAGAUUAUUGUCUGUGUCGCUGCUCCCUGAGGCCAUGUUUUGGCUGAGCUAAACCUGAACUGAGCCCGAGCCUGACAGCAGGCUGAUGAAUGAGUAAAAUUAGUUUGUACCAGAGACGGAGACACGCUUGUAUCAUCGCCUUCUGAUGAUCAUCACAGUUUGAAGGCGUCAUUGUAUCGAGGCAGAGGAGUAAGACCUCAAACGGCUCAUGUGCAACUGAGACUCAAGUUAAGUGAAAGAUGGAAAAUAAAAUGAAUGUUGUUUUUAGAAUGUAACUGAUUCUAAAGAAAAUAUUUGACUGAACACAUCCUCCACAGGGGUGCCAAAAUAUUUCUAUGUAGGACAGUUUCAUAAAAGUUAUAGUUGAAAGAAGUUUCCAGACAUAAAGUCAAGGUUUCUUUAUUUUCACUGCGACAUUGUAAACAUUCUAGAUACUUGUUCAUUCAAAGACAUGCAGAGGUCGCAGUUCAAACUUUAGGUAAAGAACUCCGACUCACAGUUUACAAACAUUAACCCCUCGCAUCCUGUUAUAGGUGCUCUUUAUACAGUUGUGGAGUCCUGGUCCAUGAGUUGAGGGCACUGGUUCAUCAGCAGUGUUUUUAAAAAUCUAGUUCUGCUACUAAGACAAAACAUUUUUCACUUACUAUUUUUUACUACACAUUAAAAUUUUGGAGGAUGAAGACUUGCACACCAGAGAUUAGAGAUGCGUCAGGUGAUGCUGUGCUGGCUGGUAUGUUGUAGCGCAGAGCCCAGUAUUAGUGGGGCUGUACACUCUCUGUACAGGAGUGUUUGGAAACAAAAUUCUUACUGUCUUACCUUGAAAGAAAAUCUUAAAAUUGCUUCACGGUGCAAAGAUGGUUUUAUGUACAGAGGUGUUACCUCAUCUAUCUGGACUUAGCUAAGUUUAGCCGACCCUGCUGACCCACCUCCAUUUCUUUGGGUUGAACACCUGUUUAUAAGCAAAACCCUUUCUGACUUUGUUGAUUUUAACUGGGAAAUGGAAGAAGUUUUACCUAUCAUCCCAUGUCUGGGGAGCAGAAAGCGUGUGAGAAGCAGCGGGAUUGGUGUUUGAUCAACACACCACCUGUGAUCCUCUUAUCCUCUAACCACUAGGCUCAGCUGUGCAAGCAGAAAAAUUAAAAUUAGAGAAUAGCGCCUCCUGCUGGUGAACACCUCAGUCUUAAAGUCCAGUUAUAUUUCUUAUGCAAUGACAUAAUGAACUUACGGAGACUAUGCAACUGCAUAGCAACUAGUCCGUGUAGAAAAGUGUAAAGACGACAGAGGUGGGGCAGCCGUUAUAUAUUGACGUCAAACACAGAUGCUAGUUUUAUAUUUGUGUGUAAUUAUGUUGAUAAUAUAUGGUCGCCCAGAUGAGUCCGUCGUGUGUGUAUAUUUAUGUGGGGUUUUUUUUGUUUGUUUAUUUUAUUUGAGAGUGGUAUAACUGCGAUGAGGGAGUUGCAUGGAAGACUUGCAAAUAAAGCGUUGGAUUUGUUGGGAAAAACAAACUAA